AUGGUAAGUCCCACCGAUGUAAAUGGCAAAGAAAUAAACCUGGCGGGAACGGUGUCUAUGAGUCAUAUUCUCUCAGGAUAUCUUUUUGAUGCAUGUUUCAAUGCAUUUCAUCACGACGCCCUGCCAUAUCUGCUGCCGUAUAAUCUUAAGAAUGAAAACGAAAGUUGGAUUUAUAGUCAGCAUUAUGUCUCAUUGUUAGCCAAACAUUAUUUCUCGGGCUCUGUCCUCAUUUACGGCAACGUGAACAUUGUGAACG